AUGAAAUCCAUUUUGGAAUGGCUGAAGAGAAUCUUCGGCAAGAAACUUUUCAAUUUGGAAUGGCUGAUGGGCCUCUUCAAAAGAUCUCUCAAGUUUCCCGUGUCAUUUCCGACAAUGGGCUGGGAAAUUAUUCCCACCGAUGAAAAAAUUGAGGAAGAGCAGAUGCCAGACUUUGAGGAGGAUUGCGAGUUUUGCAUGAUCACUAUCGGCGACAUUUUGCUUUCCCGGUAUCAGGUUGUUGGCAAACUCGGAUGGGGAACCACAUCGACCGUCUGGUUGGUUCGAGAUCUCCAGAUGAAUGACUAUCUGACAUUGAAACUUUUCGCCCUCAAUACCUGUGAUAAGGAAGAAUCCGAACUCUAUGACCGAAUGAAGCAGGGAAACCAACAGCAUCCUGGAUGGGCGCGGGUGAGAAAGAAGUUAGGCGAGUUGACAAUUCCCCAAAAGAUUGGAUGGAGGGAGCACUUGGGUAUUUUGCAAGCACCUCUGGGGGAGAGCUUGCUGGAUAUUCAGAAUCGCUCGGCUGGUGAACGCUUGGAUAAGCUCACUAUCCAGUCGGCGAUAUAUCAGAUGUUGUUAGCACUGGACUAUCUGCACACAGAAUGCAAAAUCAUUAAUACAGAUAUGACGCUUGACAGAUACGUUCAGGAUGAGAUUGAGAGCCCUACACCACGAAAGACUGUGUCCGGUUAUACGGUCUAUCGGUCUAGGCCACUUGAACCAGCAUCCCAGUUGGGUAAAAUUGAGCUUGGAGAUUUCGGCUCCGCCGAGCAAGGAGACAUCCCACACAAAGGCCAACUUAUCCAGCCUCCUAUUUAUCGAGCACCCGAGGUUAUAUUGGAAAAGCAGUGGAACUAUCCUGUUGAUAUUUGGAACCUGGGUAUAUGGGCAUGGCGUGCAUUCGAGGGCAGUAAGCUGUUCACUGGUACGAAAGGCGAUGAUGAUGAUCACAUAUCUGCGUACUCUACAUCUGCACAUCUUGCGCAGAUCACUGGAUUGCUGGGACCACCCCCUCCUGGGUUUAUAGAACCUGACACCGACAGUGCCAAGUAUUUUGAUCAAGAUGGGAAUUGGAUAGAUGAGGAUUGCGAAGUCCAUCCAACUAGCUUCGAAGACUUGGAGAAACAUCUUGAAGGGAAGGAUAAAGAGAUGUUCUUAGACCUGAUGAAGGGUAUGAUUACAUGGCGACCCGAAGACCGAAAGACCGCUAGGGAGUUGAUUGAACACCCAUGGCUUCAAGGUGUGUUUUCACCCCCUGGGUGUUACAAGCCAGUUGAAGAAUCUCUCCAGGGAUCUCGCUAG